ACUGAGACGUGUGAGCUUAUGACCAGCAGAUAGCCAAGAAUCAGAACAUAAUUGUUAAAUGUUACAAUGAGCUGCUAACAUUGACAUCUACUGAAGCCUCUAGAAUAGAUCUGAGUAAACUGGGUGGAUUUUCUCUCAUUUCUCACUUCACACUUGAAAACAUCACUGAAUAACAUUAAAAAAUGAAGAGGUUGCCACAAGACAUUAUUCCGCCACUUACUUUCCUGUGCAUUUUGGUGACACUAUGUCAUUGUGAAGAAACGACAGAACCCCUUGAGAAUGUGAAAAUUGAAAUAUUAAAGGUAUCUGAAAAUUGCAAAAGGACAGUGAAACGAGGGGACAUGUUAAAGGUGAAUUAUAAAGGAUACUUGGAGAAUGGAAAAGUUUUUGAUGAUUCAGAAAAACAAAAGGAGCCAUUUGAGUUUCAAGUAGAUGGUGGAACAAUGAUUAAGGGAUGGCAGCUUGGUUUAAAAGGUGCUUGUCGUGGUGAAACACGAAAGCUAAUUAUCCCUCCAAAAUAUGGGUUUGGUGAAUAUGGAAACCCUGCUGGAAUCCCUGGGAAUUCAAUUUUGACAUAUGUUAUUGAAAUUGUUUCUAUUGAAGAUGGUCCAGAAAUACCUGAUACUUUUUCAUUAAUUGAUGCGAAUGAUGACAAACGACUGUCAAAGGAGGAGGUUCAAAUCUUCUUUCGGGAACAGGACAAAACUAUUGGAGCUUCAAAUCACAUUGAAUCAAUGAACCUAAUGUUUAUGUAUGAAGACAUUGAUAAGGAUGGUUAUAUAUCACAUUUUGAAUUCAACGGACCAAAACAUGUUGAACUUUAAUCAUUUCAUUUAUGGCUUAAUUCCAUUAUUUCAUAAUGAAUAGAUUCAUUUAUUGGAGAACCAUUAUGUAUAAUUCAACUAAGAGAAAAUAUUUCCCAUAUAAACACAUGUAAAUUUCCCAUUUAUAAUUUAGUAAUAAAGUGACAUACAAUUAUGUUCCUGAAAUGCACAUACACACACCAUAUAUAUAUAUAUAUAUAUAUAUAUAUAUGUAUGUACAUGUGUGUAUAUAUGUGUGUGUGUGUGUGUGUGUGUGCGU